CGCUGACUGUCCUCCCUCUUGUUUAUUCCUGUUGCUACAGUAUUCUUCUUCCCGAAUUAAUCCACUUGCGCACGAUUCGGAUAUUGGGAUCUUGCAACCGAGUGGGAUCUGUUGCAACCACAGCGUUUCUCGUACUUGUCGAAUCUUUGUUUUCUGAUCUUUCCCUUAUCAGGCGUUUUCAGGCCCAAGCCCUUCCGUUUCUACAUCAACCGAUUCUUCCCGGCCCAAUUCUUCCCGUUACCACAGGGUCAUGCAGCCUCUCCCUUGGAUGAACAUUCCAUCCCAGUGAUCUCCACGCAACCUCUUGUGCGCUCGACUUUUGUCGGCUUGCUACUUCGGUCCGGGACGUAGGUAUGCGGCCAAUUGAAGCUGAGCCUCUUUCAUUUCCAUUGGUUAUCGCAUUCUUCUUUUCAGAUCGGCAACCGUGAUGUCAAGCCAUUUAGCAUCUCUCCGACGCACACAGACGGAUUUUCCUGACCAGACAUCGAGCCCACUCCGCCAUGGAUCAACUGCUUCCACAAGCUCAUCCAUCUACACCGUCUCGUCUAGUUCAUUUGCCCCCAGUCGCACGAGCACCGUCUCCUCAGCCGCGUCCAUUGGGUCUGUGCUCGGCCAUAGACGGGGAAAGAGCGAAGUAAACACCACCAUCUCCGAAGAAAUGUCUGGAGGUGCCUCCCAAGGGAAAAGCUGGGCCAAUGCGGGCGCCGCUUAUGAGAAUAUCCGUCGCUCGCUGCGACCACUUUCCCAGGCCCCCAACUCAUCGCCCAACUCAUCUCCCUCGACUACCAAGCCACCCGCCUAUCGCCAUAACCGAAGCCAGACAGUCGACAACCCUCAGUACUGGAAGGAAAACCGUCCGCAGACCCCCGAAUCUCGCCACGCGCAUCACCAGGAAGUUGAGACACCCAAGGAAAAAGCGUCAUACAAUGAUCAGAGUCCCACGAAAGCCAGUUCGCCCCAUAAUUGGUCGCCGCAUGCUGUCUCACCCCACGCAAAAUCGCAAGUGAGAGCGCACCAUGCUCAUAGCUUGUCCAACCCGCCGCCGAUCACUCACACCUUGUCGGCUCCUGAAUUAGAGACAUUUCAAAAAUCGUCGACCGGCCACCUGCGGACCUUAUCAAAGUUUGCAAAGUCCGGAGAGACGGAAGAAUUCGCUCUUGAUAGUUAUGGUGCAUCAGUGGUGGGACUGCAGGGACGACGACGCCUGAAGCGAACUGAUACGGUGACUGGGAAUACUGGUCCCGUAGUAGGACGGAAGAAACCGGCAUCAGCAUGGGCGGCUGGAAGUUGGAUGGACAAACAACGGCAAUUCCUACAGGCGUAUGAGUACCUCUGCCAUAUUGGAGAGGCCAAAGAAUGGAUCGAAGAGGUCAUUCAGAAACAAAUCCCGCCAAUUGUUCAAUUGGAAGAAGCCCUGCGUGACGGAGUCACGCUAGCGGAAGUCGUACAAGCGAUGUACCCAAACCGAACCUUUCGAAUUUUCAGAAAUCCGCGGCUACAGUAUCGCCAUUCAGACAAUAUAGCGUUGUUCUUUCGGUUCUUGGAUGAAGUCGAGCUACCCGAGCUGUUCAGGUUCGAGCUCAUCGACCUCUACGAGAAGAAGAAUCUCCCCAAGGUCAUCCACUGCGUCCACGCACUGUCAUGGUUGAUGUUCAAGAAAGGCCUCGUGGAUUUCCGGAUGGGAAAUCUGGUAGGUCAAUUAGAAUUCGAACAUCAUGAACUUGAGCAAACGCAGAAGGGUCUCGAUAAGGCAGGCGUCAGCAUGCCUAGUUUCUCAGGAAUGGCCGCCAACUUCGGAGCAGAACCAGAGCCCGAACCAGAGCCGGAGCCGGAGUCUGAGGAAGAUCGGAUACAUCGUGAGUUGCACGAGAACGAAGCUUCCAUUGCCGAGUUCCAGGCUCAAAUAAAGGGAGCAAUGUUACGACUGAAGCUCGGCAACUUGAUGAACGAUUUGUGGGACUUUGAGCCUUUCCUGGUUGAGCUUCAGUCGAGGAUACGCGGCGACUGGGCUCGUCAGGUCGUCCAAUACCGACUGGACAUGAAAACAUUCGCCAUAAAUCUGCAAGCAAUCUGUCGAGCCUUUCUGGUCCGAAACCGCCAGAGAGGUGAUAAAGAAAAUUACCAGGCCCAGGAGCUUGAUGUACUGCGGCUGCAGACCCUUAUCCGGGGAGCCAAGGCAAGAGCCCAAGUUAAUCGUGUUCGAACUUGUAUGCGAAAAGAGGAGCCUGGUAUCAAAAUGAUCCAAGCAGCUCUAAGAGGAGCGCUACAACGAAAGACCGUUUACGACCUGUACGAGGAUACAAGAGGUGCGGAGGGAGAAGUUCUAAUGUUGCAGGCUGCCAUUCGGGGUGCUUUGCAGCGCAAGCAGUUCUCGAAGCAAUACGAAGCAACGCAAGCCGCCGAGGCAGACGUGAUAGAAUUUCAAGCCCUUGUCAGAGGUGCUCUGCAGCGCAGUCAUUUCACAAAGCAAUAUGAUGCAGUACAUUCCACCGAGCCGGAUGUCGUCGAGCUCCAAGCCCUUAUACGAGGAGCUCUCCAGCGCAGUCAUUUCACAAAGCAAUAUGAUGCAGUACAUUCCACCGAGCCGGAUGUCGUCGAGCUCCAAGCCCUUAUACGAGGAGCUCUCCAGCGCAGCCAGUUCAUGAAGCAGUACGAAGCAAUACGAUCCGCCGAGUCAGGUGUGAUCGAGCUUCAAGCUCUUAUCAGAGGUGUCUUCGUUCGACAGGAGAUGAGCGCACAGUACGAGAAUAUCGACGAGGCUGGAGUAGGCACUGAACUUCUGCAAGCGCUCAUCCGAGGGAUGAUGGCCCGGAAAAGUAUCCAAGAAACGAAGUCCUCACUUGCCCAGGAAGUUCCAUCAAUCACCUCUAUUCAGGCAGGCGCUCGGGCUUUUGCUAUCAGGAACUUCCAGUUGCAGCAAGCAGAGGCUCUCGCCAAAACAGAAAAGGAGUGCACCUCUCUGCAAGCGAUCAUGCGCGGUAAUGCUGUUAGAGCACACCUUGAAAAUCUUCGACAGGGUUUGAACCAGCAUAUACCGGCAGUCAUCGACCUCCAAAGUAUUUCCCGGGCGAACGCUGUCCGGUCCUUCCUGGACUCGCAACGUGCAUCCCUGAAAGGAGAGGAGGCAUCAAUACUGGCUCUGCAGUCCAUGGCUCGGGGCAUCAUUCUUAGAAAGAAACUGGAUGCCGAUGCGGACGCUCUAGAGCAGGAAGAUCUGGUGAUAACCAACCUCCAGGCUCUUAUCCGCGCGGCAAUCCUCCGGAUUGACGUCGGCGGUAUACUUGAGCAGCUGGAUGAUUGUGAGGAUGAAGUUAGCCAGUUUCAGGCACAAAUAAGAGCCAUGCUUGUUCGGGUCGACGUCGGUCAAACCCUCGCAGACCUGGCUGCCGCCGAAGAUGUCAUUAUGGAUCUUCAGUCGCAAAUCCGUGGACAUCUCGUCCGAUCAAGAUUUGAAGCAAAGCGCCGCCAUUACCGAGAGAAUAUGGACAAGGUAAUCAAAGCGCAAAGCUUUGUACGAGGUCGAAUCCAGGGUCAAGCGUACAAGAGCCUUACAACCGGAAAGAACCCACCGGUAGGAACCGUCAAGGGAUUUGUGCAUCUGCUGAAUGAUAGUGAGUUUGAUUUUGACGAGGAGAUUGAGUUCGAGCGGACAAGAAAGUUGGUUGUUCAACAGGUUCGGCAAAACGAAUUGGCAGAACAGUAUAUCAGUCAGCUUGAUAUCAAGAUUGCUCUCCUUGUCAAGAACAAGAUCACUCUUGAUGAAGUCGUGAAACACCAAAAGCAUUUUGGUGGUCAUGUUGGAAGCCUUUUGCCGAACCGAGAGAUUUCUUCAAAGGACCCAUUCGACCUCAAGGCCUUGAACAAGACGUCAAGAAGAAAGUUGGAGCAGUACCAAGUUUUCUUCUUCCUCCUCCAGACGCAGUCUCAAUACCUAGCGCGGUUGUUCCGACGGCUGCGUGAACUUAAUACGGCAGAGAAGGAGUAUGAGCGGAUAAGACAUCUGAUGAUGGGCCUCUUUGGAUACUCCCAGAAGAGGCGUGAAGAAUACUACCUUAUCAAGCUGCUUGCCCGCUCUGCUAGGGAGGAGAUUGAAAGUUUCGAUUCGCUCCAUGAGUAUCUACGGUGCAGUUCUUUCUGGAAUAAGCUCUUCGCGUCCUAUAUCAAAUCCCCUCGGGACCGAAAGUUUAUGCGCGAUAUCCUGGGUCCCAUCGUGAGGGAAAAUGUGGUUGAGAACCCGGACCUGGAUCUGGAGAGCGACCCCAUGCAGAUCUAUCGCUCGGCUAUCAACAACGAAGAGCUUCGGACCGGCAAGCGAAGCCGGCGCCGACCGGACAUCCCUAGGGAGGAGGCGAUCAAAGACCCAGAAACGAGAGCGACAUUCAUCCAACACCUUCAGGAUCUUCGCGAUAUUGCCGACCAAUUCUUUGCUGCCUUUGAGGAGCUCCUGUACAGGAUGCCUUUUGGAAUCCGAUAUAUCGCGAAACAGAUGUAUGAGAGUCUUCUCCAGCGAUUCCCGAGGGAAAAUCCAGGGUUUAUUCUCCAGACUGCCGGCCACUGGGUGUGGAGGAACUACUUCCAUCCUGCCAUGGUCGAACCAGAAAGGUAUGGGGUCGUGGACCGAGGAUUGACUCAGGAACAAAAGCGAAACCUGUCGGAGAUCUCGAAGGUGAUCGCGCAGGUGGCCUCUGGCAGGCUUUUUGGCUCAGAGAAUGUCUACCUUCAGCCACUAAAUACCUACAUCGGGGACUCCAUCCAACGGCUUGGCCAGAUCUGGGGUGACAUGGUCUCCGUUCAGGACGCAGAAACUUACUUUGACAUUGACGAGUUCAACGAUCUCUAUGCCAAAACGAAGCCUACCUUGUAUAUCAAAAUGUCCGACAUUUUCUCCAUUCAUCAACUCAUCGCCAGCGAAAUCCAUUACAUCUGCCAGAAUCCCGACGAUAUCCUGAAGGAAGUCAUUCGCGACCUGGGUAAUGUCAAAUCCAAUGAGAGCGAGCUGAUGAGCGUCAACUCCUCUGAAAUCAGCCUCACUCUGAAUCCCAAGCUGGCUCAGGUUGAAGACCCGGAAGCAGAUGUGAAAGCACUUUUCAUGGAAACCAAGCGAUGCAUUCUCUACAUUAUUCGGGUCCAAACGGGCGCCAAUCUGUGGGAUAUCAUGGUCAAGUCGCCCACCGAGGAGGAUGAAGCCAAAUGGAUGAUGCUGGUGCGCGACGAGCUGAGCGCAAACAACACCCGGCAAAGUGCAUACUCGGAAUCCAACAACAUGGUUGACCUUGCCUCGAUGAGCUACUCCGAACUGAAGCAGACAGCGCUGGAAAACAUCCUACAACUUGAACAAACUGGCAAGAUCCGCCGUGACAACUACUACCAGGAUCUCCUAAAUGCGAUUGCCAUCGAUAUCCGCACGAAGCAUCGCCGGAGAAUCCAACGAGAGCGGGAGUUGGAUAGUGCUCGGAUGACGCUUACACGUCUCAACGACCAAGCCAUCUGGCUGGAUCAACAGCUCAAGACGUAUAAUGACUACAUUGAGCAGGCCAUGGUGACAUUGCAGAACAAGAAGGGAAAGAAGCGGUUCCUCAUGCCGUUUACCAAGCAAUGGGAUCACCAGCGCGAGCUCCAGAAAUCGGGCAAGGUGUUCAAGUUCGGAUCCUACAAGUACUCGGCGCGCAACCUAGCGGACAAGGGUGUUCUCGUCCACUGGAAGGGCUACACCGAGCGGCAGUGGGACCGGGUCGACCUGACCAUCUCGAGUAAUGAAGUCGGUGUAUUCACCAUCGAUGGAAGCAGCGGCCCGAUGAUGGUCCCCGGCGCCAACGCCCAGGUUCCAUUGGAUGACCUGCUGCAAGCCCAGUUCAACAACAUGCAGUUCCUGGAUUUCUUCGAUGGGCACCUACGGGUCAACGUCAAUCUUUUCUUGCACUUGAUCAUGAGGAAGUUCUAUAAUGAGUGAUGGAGCGGGAUGCAUUCUAUGUGAUGAAGCUUUAUUUUGUUUUGCGUGUUUUGUUUAUGUUUUGCGAUGUGCAUUUUCUCUUGUGAUAUCCCUUUUUCUUUUGUGUCAUGUUGCCGAUGAAAAGGCUCAUCCCGGCUGGGACCCCGAGAUGGCCUGGGGGGAGAUGAGCCAGUGAUUCCCAUAUACUUGAAGUGUCUUUUUUGCGUUACCCCCCUGAUGAUUGAAUGAACUGAAAUAUAUGUAUGUAUGGUACCCCUUAUAUGUGCCUCGCGAGGAAUGAUGAUGAUGCUCUGCGGU